GCUACCAACUGUAGUUUCACUGGGUUUCUUAUGGAAUGCUGGCAGGCGGAAGGAAUCCAUGAGGGCAUAAGCCUUCACCUUGAAUCCUUGACCUGUUGACCAUAUUCUAAAACUAAAUACUGACAACUUGAUAAAGAAUACUGCAUAACAGAGUUACAGACUAUACUUACUUUUUUAUUCAAGAUGAACAGAAAAGAUCUUGCUGCAACAGUAGAGCAGCAGAAAGAACAAAUUACCCAUUAUGAGAAAAAGCUCAAGGAUCUGGUGCGGGCAUACAAGUCACUUUUGAAGGAGCGAGAUGCUCUUCAAACUGGCCUGAAUGCUCUCAAGUCUUCAACUCAAAAUGCCACCCCCCAGCAUCUUUCUUCAACUUCAGAAUCUGCAUCAGACCAUGAGUCACACACCAGUCAAGGGAAGCUUAACUAUGCUGAGUCAUCUGUGUCGAAAAAAGAGAAUGAUAUGCAACCAAAUUUUAGCGAUGGAGAGAAAAGUACCUGUGAAGUGGAGUCCUCAAUCAAAGCUAGUAGUGGCACUGGGAACUAUGAUUAUGAGCUAAAAGUUAAGCAACUAACAAAUGCCUUAACAGAAAUGUCUUCUGAAAAGGAAAGACUACAAAAAAACUUUCUGUUGGAAAGAAAAUCUUUAACCACAGAGCAGGAAAGGUUGCAAGAGGAAAUGAAAAAAUUGGAAGAGAGCCGCGCUGCUGCUGUGGCAAAUUCCAAGGAAUUGCGCCAAAGAUUGCAGGCCUUACAAGCUGAAAGAACUGCUGACACAGAUGAUGCAGCUGUCAAAUUUCGGGAAUGCCAGCGGCUGGUGUCAGAACAGCGCGAAGCCCGAGAGCGAGCUGAGCUGAAGGUGCAGCAGCUACAACAUAAGAUCCAGCAGCGCAGUUCUCAGCAGAAGCAACAGGCGCAGCUGGAAGGGAACAACCAGCAGCAGCAGAAACAAGUUACUGAACUAAGGAACGUCAUCUGUCAGUUGGAAGCCAGAAUUUCGAAUUAUGAAAAGGAGGAAAACAAGAAAGCUGAAGAAAUACAGCAACUGCAUCAGUUGCACGUUGCCGCUGCUACAUCGCUACAUCAGGAGAGCCUGCGAGUGCAGGAUGUUGAAGCAGAGCUCGGCCGUGUGGUGGCCGCCAGCAGGGAGCGGGAGGCGGCGCUGGAGGCGCGUCUCGCUGAGGCCAUGAGUUGUGUUGCCUCCACCGGCCUCGACUCCUCCAGCAGCGCUGCUCUGCGACACUGCCAGAAUCGCGUCCGGGAGCUCACGGAGCACAACCUGGAGCUGAGCCGUCAGUUGGAAGUUAUGAACCGCAGCAGUGAAGUGAAGGUCAAGACCAGCGCCGACGAUGCCCUGACUGCCGAUAACCAGGAAGCAACGUAUCUCCUUAAGCACAUAAAAAAGCUGCUUCUUCAGCUUCAGAUCCUGAACAUUUCCUCAGCUCAGCGCAAGGAUUUAGAAGAUGCUCUGGGCGGGAGCGACGUCUUACACGAGCAUUGCAAGCAAGAGAUAGAGAACCUGAAGCAGCAACUGCAACAAAUGCGGCGCGUCUCUGAUUACGCCUCCAGUGACACCUGCUCCUGGCACCCUGAUGCUGUCGGCGGCAGCAAUGAGAUCAAUGCUGGUUUACCUGAAGCUUACAAGGAACCGAUGGCGUCGUCGGGACAGUCUUGCCAAUCGCCGCGGGAUGUUGCCGCUGAGCUGCGAGCUCUACGGCAGGAGUUGCGCAGCGUUAAGAGUGCGGCGCAGGCCAGCGAGACCGCUCACCUGCAACAGAUUGAGCAGCUCAAACAGGAGUGCCGCAACCUGCGGACGGAGUGUGAAGAACGCCUCACGAGCGCCCAGCAGUCACAUCGCGCCGUUGUCUGCAGCCUCGAGCAGCAGCUGACGAGUCAGCGUCUGCACAGCAUCGCCACGCUGCAGGAGCGCGACGUCGAGCUGCACAGGCUGCAGCAGCAGCUCCACAGCGCGUCGCUGGACUCCGUACAAUCCAAGGUCCCGAAAGCUCUCGUGAACACCACCACUGCGGCUUCUCGGUCCGGCCCUCUCCUGCACCACAUCGAGGAGCUGCAGCGCCGAGAACAAGAGGUGGCCGCCCUACAGCAGGAGAAACGGCAGCUGGAGCACGUGGUGCGCGAGGUGCAGCAGGCGGCGCUGGAGAAGCGACUGCAGCACGAGGAUCGACUGGCGCACCUAGAGAUGCAGCUCGAGAGAUAUGAUCGGAACCAAUCUCGGGAGAGCCAGAACUUGGAGUACCUGAAGAACGUGCUGCUGCAUUUCCUGACCAAUGGCGAGGGUGCGAGCGUCGGUGGCCGCACCACGACAACGUACGGUCGGCAAGCGAUGGUGAAAGCCGUUGCCGCUGUGCUUAAACUUACGCCUAAGGAAGAGGAGCGUCUACGUCGACACAGCGCAGCUGCUGAGAGCUGGUGGUGGUGGGGAGCAGGGUCUGGCCAUGAGACCUCUAAGAAGUAGAGUUGUGAAGAGCAGGGUCUGGCCAUGAGACCUCUAAGAAGUAGAGUUGUGAAGAGCAGGGUCUGGCCAUGAGACCUCUAUGAAGUAGAGUUGUGAAGAGCAGGGUCUGGCCACGAGACCUCUAUGAAGUAGAGUUGUGAAGAGCAGGGUUUGUGAAGACGAAGCGCUGCUACUCAGUGGUAUGGAGCAGGGUCUGGCCAUGAGACCUCUAAAGGCGCGUUCACACUAGGGGCAAAACACGGGCGUCAAGCCCCUCACCGCCCCUCUGUGAGGCGUCUACAUGCGCUUAUUGUGGGCAACGAAGCUAUUGACGAGCUAGCGAUUCAGUCGCCCCGCCUCGUGCAACACAAGCGCUGCACGCAGUACUCAGUUAGUAGACGGCUGUCUGUGGUCUAGUGAGGUUAUAUGUAUACGCUGGUCCUUCACUAUGUCAACUAAAGCCACACUUGUUUGGACUCACGCUCUAGUAGAGAGGCUAAUGCCGCUAAUUGAUCUUUGUAUAGACCAUGAAUGCCUGUAGAGAGUUCAGUCAAAGUAGUAUAAGAGUCGAAAUGCAAAAGAACAAGCUCUGGUGAAAAUAGUCGAAGUUUUAAGAAACUUUUGUGUAAAAGUCACUAUUUACGAGGUUCGCAAGAAAAUUCAUACGUUGCGUUCGCAAUUCCAUCGUGAAAUGAAUUUCAUUGCAAAUGAAUUCCAUUGCAUAUGAAUUCCAUCUCAAUUCAAUCAUCCUGCUUCUUGAUGAGUGGCAUUAUUUUCUUUAGCAGACUGUCAAACAAGUCCACUGGCAGUCUAGU